UCUGACAGUCCUAGAAAUGAAACUGUCCAGCACACUGCUCAUCAAACUGAUUCAGGAACGCCUGAAGGAAGAGGACUGCGUCAGGCGGGGCUGGAUUCUGGAUGGCAUCCCUGAGACUCGGGAGCAGGCCCUGAUGAUCCAGACCCUCGGGAUCACCCCCAGACACGUCAGAAAUAGUCCAAAAUAUGGCAAGAGCAUGACACGCAAAGACGUUCCUCGGAGUGUUAUUACAGUGAAAAUUGUUAGUGUCAUUCCACAGCAAGAGAGACGUGAGACGAGUGAUUGGCCCACAAGAUCAGAUGUCUGGGACCUGCUGCCCCACGUGCCUGGUUGUGCUGUCUUCCUUCUCUGUCCAGUUGUGCUGAGCGCUCCAGACACCGUCCUGAUUGAGAGAAACUUGGGGAAGAGAAUCGACCCUCAAACGGGAGAGAUUUACCACACCACCUUUGACUGGCCCUCCGAAUCUGACGUUCAGAACCGCCUGCUAGUGCCGGGGGGCAUCUCGGAGCUGGAGACGGCGCGGAAACUGCUGGAGUAUCACAGGAACAUCAUCAGGAUCCUCCCCGCCUACCCCAAAAUCCUGAAAGUCAUCAAUGCUGACCAGCCGUGUGUGGACGUCUUCUACCAGGCUCUGACCUAUGCCCAAACCAACCAUCGAUCUAAUGCCCCGUUCACUCCGCGGGUGCUGCUCUGUGGGCCCCUGGGCAGUGGGAAAAGUCUGCAGGCGGCCCUCCUGGCCCAGAAAUAUGGCCUCGUCAAUGUCCACUGUGGGCAACUGUUGAAAGAGGCCGUAGCAGUCGAGUCAAAAUUCAGCGAGCUCAUCCAGCCCUAUUUUCAGAAGGAGAUGGCAGUCCCUGACAGCAUCAUCAUGAAGGUGCUGAGCCGGCGCCUGAGCCAGCAGGACUGCGUUCAGAAAGGCUGGGUGCUGCACGGCUUCCCCAAAGACCUGGACCAGGCGCACAUGCUGAACAGCCUGGGCUUCCAGCCCAACAGGGUGUUUUUCCUGAAUGUGCCAUUCGAUUCUGUCAUUGAGCGGCUGACCCUGAGGAGAGUCGAUCCCCUCACGGGAGAAAGGUACCACCUCACGUACAAGCCCCCCGCAACCGUGGAAGUCCAGGCGCGCCUCCUGCAGAACCCAAAGGAUACCGAAGAGCAAGUCCAGGUCAAAAUGGAUCUGUUCUACAGGAAUUGCGUGGAGCUGGAGGAGUUCUAUAAGCACGCCAUCACCGUCAACGCGGACCAGGACCCGUACACAGUGUUUGAAUACAUAGAGAGUGGGAUCAUUAACCCCCUGCCCAAGAAAGUCCCCUGAUGGGCUCCGAGCAGGGAGUAUCCCGAAGGGAAGCAAAGUUAGUGCCCUCCCAACCUCCCAGAACCUCAGCCGAGCCAAUAAAGAGCGCUGGGUGCA